CAGCGUCUUCCAGAAGAUGUUUUUGGCAACCUUACUCGGUUGAAAAGGCUCUUUCUCUCCAAUAACAAACUUCAGCGUUUGCCAAAGUUAAAAAAUCUCUCCGAGAUAGAAACAUUAUACAUGGAGAAAAACAGCCUCGUAACUCUGUCACGGGAUCAGUUCCAAGGCCUGUCCAAAUUGAGAGACCUGGCUGUUUAUGAAAACAAUAUUCAGUACCUGCCGCGUGGAGUUUUUAAAGGCUUAACAAACCUGCAGUCUAUGAGCUUUUACUUCAACAAAAUCCGCACAGUGAGCAACGAGCAAUUCAAAGAUAUCGCGCCAAGCAUUCGAUUCCUUUACUUCCAUUACAACGAAAUGCGAGAACUGCCGGCCGGUUUCUUCUCGAACAUGAGAAAUCUAAUAACAGUGACUGUAGACACCAACCUGAUGUGUUGCCAUUUGACGAAGGAGGACGCAGAUUGCGACUUUGCUUAUGUCGACAGCUUCGCCAGUUGUGAAACUAUGUUCAGAGAUCGAGCCCCUAGGAUAUGUCUCUGGGUUGUCGGAAUUAUGUCGUUAGUUGGUGCUGUGUUUGUCAUCGUGUGGCGGUUGGUGUUUAAGGAGACAAAGGAGAAGAAUAAGAUACAGUCUAUCAUGUUGAUACAUUUGGCCGGGUCUGAUGGACUNAAGUUCGUCAUUGUGGCCUACUCCAUGAUUAUCUACAAAUCCUGCACAUCAAACCGGCGCCUGGCUCAGCAAGGGACCGAAAGAGAGAGGAAAAUGAAAGCCAAGCAAAGGGCAGCCGAUCUGAGGAGGGAGGCCUCGCUCGCCAAAAGAGUGUUCUUCAUUGUUCUUACCGACUGUGUCUGCUGGCUGCCUAUUGUGGUAAUUGGAUUGAGGUCUCUCUUGGAAAAAUCCUUCCGUACACCUGGUGACCUGGCAGUUUGGAUCGCAGUCUUUGUUCUGCCGGUUAACUCUGCCAUCAAUCCCAUUCUCUACACUUUAUCAACAAAACAGGUACGACGUAUUUUGAGUCCUAAAUUCCAACAGUUCUUGGCCUAUUUGAUAGAAAAGUGCGGACGAAAUCAAAACAAUGAAG